AUGGGUUCACAAGCAGUCACUCAUGAGAAAGUGGUCAUCAUCACCGGGUCCACAAGUGGCAUCGGUCUUGACCUUGCAAAACAUCUUCACGGUCGAGGUUAUCGAGUGGCCGUGACGGGGCGAAGGGCUGAGCUCGGCGAACAGGUGGCCAAGGAGCUUGACGCGAGCGCGGAAACGGCGAUAUUCGUUCAGUGCGCUGUCGAGUCUUAUGCUUCGCAAGCAAAUCUCUUCCAGACAGUGUGGAAGAAAUGGGGCCGCAUCGACGCACUCAUUGCCAACGCCGGUAUCGUCGACAAGGGCAGCGUCUACAACUUUGGCCACCGCUCUGCUGGCGUCGACGAUAUUCCCGACGAGCCUGACCUGUCUUGCACCGAGAUAGACUGGAAGGGCGUGGUGUAUGGCACCACUCUGGCCGUCCACUUCAUGCGUCACAAUGAGAAAUCCGGUGGCAAAAUAAUCAUCACCAACAGCAUGAUGGCUAUUCAUCCUGGUCCUACAUUUCCAGAAUAUUGCGGGGCCAAGGCCGCAGCUUUGCAAUGGGCAAGGACAAUGGCGCCGCUCUUGAAAGCAAGGGAGAAUAUCACGAUAAACACGGUCUUGCCCGGUGCUGUGGACACACCCAUCAAGCCAGGCUUCAACUUGGCGUUCUUGCCAGAGCACCUUACAUUGUCCUCUUGCCUCCUCUCGGCAUAUGACCUGUACCUUGACGAUGAAGCCAAUGAAAGGACGGGCGAAGCGAUUGAGACCGCGCAUGACAAGCAUUUCUUCUACGAGGUGCCAGAGUACAAAGGCGGCGAUGUUUCUUAUCGUAACACACGCGUCUUUGAGCCUUGGUUCUCUGGAAUUCAUGGAGAACCAAGUGGGCUACAGGACGCGUUGGCAGAGUCUCCCAGAGCUUCUAAGCAAAAUGUGGACUGA